UGAGCUCUGCAAUCUAGCAUUCUCGCUCGCAACCUGACCUGCUCGCACAAUGGCGGCUGAAAUGCGGCAACCUAAACCCCUCCACUUUCUCCUACUCCUCGCCACCGCCUCGCUCUGCGCGCUGGCGUCCACGGUGUCGGCGGGAGACGGUGGCGGCAUGCCGCUGGUCACCGCGAUCACCAAGGACGCGGCCACCUCCCUCUACACCGCGCCGCUCAGGGACACGCGCCCGCUGGUCCUCGACCUCUCCGGCCCCAUCGUCUGGACCACGUGCGACGGGCCCUCCCAUGACACGCUCGACUGCAGCAGCGACGCCUGCAUGCGCGCGCACCGGUUCCAGCCGCCCAACUGCCCGCAGACCGGCUACGGCGAGCCCGACGCCCGCAGCCGCAACCGCUGCAAGUGCACCGCGCACCCGCACAACCCCGUCUCCGGCGACACCGCGUCGGGGGACGUGACGCGCGUCACGCUCUCCGCCAACGCCACCGACGGGAAGAAUCCUCUGUAUCAGGUGUCGUUCACCGCCGUGGCAUCCUGCGCGCCGGACUCGCUCCUGGCCAAGCUGCCGGCGGGUGCGGCCGGCGUCGCGGGGCUCGCGCGCUCGGGCCUCGCGCUCCCGGCGCAGGUCGCGGACACGCAGAAAGUUGGUAACAAGUUCGCGCUCUGCCUCCCCAGCGCCGGCUCUGGCGCCGGCGUGGCCAUCUUCUGCGGUGGCCCGCUCUUCCUCCUCCCGCCGGGCCGGCCGGACGUCAACGCGACCCUGGCAGGGUACACGCCGCUGCGCAAGCACGGCGAGUCCCCCGGAUACUACAUCUCGGCCGACAAGGGCAUCGCCGUGAACCAGGCCCGGCUGCAGCUCGACGACGGGUACGGCGCGCCGUUGGUUCUCGGGCUGUGCUCCACGAUCCCGUACACGGCGCUCCGGCCCGACGUAUACCGUGCGUUCAUCAAGGCGUUCGACACGGCCACGGCGGGGAGGGCGAGGAUCACGCCGGCGGUGGCGCCGUUCGAGCUGUGCUACAACUCGACGGAGCUGGGGUCCACGCGGCUGGGCUACGCCGUGCCGCAGAUCGACCUGAUGCUGGAGGGCGGCAGGAACUGGACUGUGUUCGGCGGCAACUCCAUGGUGCAGGUGAACGACAACACGGCGUGCCUCGCAUUCGUGGAGAUGAAGCAGGAGGAGGUGGACAAGCAUGGCGGGUUGCCGGCGGCGGUGAUCGGAGGGUUCCAGAUGGAGAACAACCUGCUGGUGUUCGACGAGGAGAAGCAGCGCCUCGGUUUCAGCUCGCUGCUGUGGGGCAGGCAGACGACGUGCAGCAACUUCAAUUUUACCAUGGCUGCCUAGUGCCUAGCUGGUGGUUUUAUGCCAUUGUGUGCUGCGUGGUUGUAUGAGCAUUGUGGUUUUUCAUAGUGAUGAUCUUUUCUCUGAAACAAAACAUGUCACCUGUAAGAUUUCUAUAUUCACCACAUAAUAUGAACAAUAAACUUGUCCACAAAUCAUUUUUUCUA